CGCCUCCAUCCCUCCUCCAUCCCUCCUCCCUGCCUGCCUCCCUCCCUGCCGGCCGCGGCGCCGGGAGCCGCUCGCCCGCCCGGCUCGCCCAUGAGCCUGCUCGGGAGCUACCGGAAAAAGCCCGGCAGUGACGGCUAUGAAUCCUUGCAGCUCGUGGACAGCGGCGCUGAGCGCGGCGGGGCCGGCGCGGGGCCCGGCCGGAGCCCCGGGCGGCAGCAGCAGCAGCAGCAGCAGCCGCAGCCCCGCGCCGACGGCGGCGGCAGCACCAUGGACAGCUCAGGUGCCUCGUCACCAGACAUGGAGUCCAGCUACGGGGGAGGCCUGCUGGACAUGGUGAAGGGAGGAGCAGGGAGGCUCUUCAGCAACCUGAAGGACAACCUGAAGGACACCCUGAAGGACACUUCCUCCAAGGUCAUGCAGUCUGUGGCCAGUUACACCAAGGGAGAGCUGGAUAUUUCCUACAUUACCUCAAGGAUCAUAGUGAUGUCUUUUCCUGCUGAGGGCGUGGAGCUGGGAUUCAGGAACCACAUUGAGGAUGUCAGGACGUUCCUGGACUCCAGGCACCCUGACCACUACACCGUGUUCAACUUGUCACCCAAAUAUUAUCGCAGUGCCAAGUUCCACAACAGGGUGUCUGAGUGCAGCUGGCCCGUCCGGCAGGCGCCCAGCCUGCACAACCUCUAUGCUGUCUGCAAGAACAUGCACAACUGGCUGCAGCAGAACCCCAAAAACGUUUGUGUCAUCCACUGCAUGGACGGCCGUGCAGCCUCAGCAGUUCUGGUCAGUGCAAUGUUCUGUUUCUGUCACCUCUUCUCUCAUCCUGGCCCUGCUGUGCAGCUGCUGAACACAAAGAGACCUGGAAUUGUACUGUGGCCAUCUCACAGGAGGUACAUAGGGUACAUUUGUGACCUAAUAGCAGACAAACCUGUCAUUCCCCACUGCAAACCACUCACGAUCAAGUCAGUCACCCUCAGCCCCGUCCCCUGCUUCAACAAGCAGCGCAACGGCUGCCGGCCCUUCUGCGACAUCCUGAGCGGAGAGACCAGGAUCCUCACCACCUCCCAGGAGUACGAGAGGAUGAAAGAAUACCGUGUGCAGGAAGGGAAGGUGCUGAUCCCACUGGGAGCCACUGUCCAUGGAGAUGUUGUUGUCUCUGUCUACCACAUGAGAUCCACCAUCGGGGGACGCCUCCAAGCCAAAAUGACCAACACACAAAUAUUCCAAAUUCAAUUUCACACUGGAUUCAUAGCCCUGGGAACAACCACUCUCAAAUUCACCAAGCCUGAGCUGGAUGCCUGUGACUCUCCAGACAAAUAUCCUCAGCUCUUUCAUGUUAUACUGGACAUAGAAAUACAGUCUGCAGACAGACAAACUGAAUUAACUCCCCCAUGGGAGAACUUCACGACAAAAGACAUCAAUCCCUCCAUUCUCUUCUCCUCCCACCAGGAGCACCAGGACACUCUUGCUUUGGCAGGCAGAGGUGCCACGGAUUCCCCCCAGGAUAACAUCAGGAAUGUUGGGCAGAGUGCAUUCUUCUCCUCUCUCAGCUGGCAAGAUCAGAAAUCUGACAAAAGUAGCUCUCACCCCACCUCAGAGGAUCGAGCAGCGUUGGUGCAUGAGGAAAGCGAACAGUCAGAUGACGAACUCUUGUCCCUUUCCAGUCAGCACAGUAAUGCCAGCGGUGACAAGCCCCACGGGACACCCAAACACAGCAAAAAGCAGCAGGAGCCUCCAGCAGCACCUCCCCCUGAAGACGUGGACCUGCUGGGCCUGGAUGGCAGCCCCAUGAGCAAGAGCUUUCCCUCGCAGCCCAGCGCUGCCCCCUCUAACUCUGACCUGCUGAAUGAUCUGUUUGGGGUCGGAGGGCCGAGCUCCCAGAGCCCUGCUGGAGCUGCUGCUGCUGCUGCUGAGGAGGUUUUCCACGUGGGGGCACCUGGAUCUGUGCAGUCGACCCCGCGGCGCUCGGCAGCUUCGGCGUCCCCGUCCCCGUCCCCCAGGGUAGGAGAAGCCACUGCCUUUGAUCCUUUUGGAAGCAGCCCCAAGCAAACUGGCCCAGACCUCCUGGGCUCCUUCCUUGGCUCAUCAGCUGUCCCUGGGGAUCCUUUCCUUCAAGCCACAAGAAGCCCUUCACCAACUGUGCACAGUGAUCCCUUUCACAUGGCUUCAGGCACUCCAACAGUUUCCAUCCAGCCAGAUGUUUCCAGUGGUUGGGACUGGCCCAACAAAGCAGGUGGUCUAGGAAUGGGAAGUAAGUCUGCUGCCACCAGUCCUACAGGAUCCCUCCACAGCACUCCCACUCAUCAGGCUAAACCCCAAACACUGGAUCCAUUUGCUGAUCUGGGAAGUCUUGGAGCAAGUUUAGCAGGUGGCCCCUCGUUUGCCAGCAAGCCGACCACGCCGACGGGCAUGGCCGGGGGCUUCCCGCCGUCGCCGCAGAAACCACCGCCGCAGCCCAUGGGGGGCAGCGGGUGGCAGCAGGGCACGGGCUACGGCUGGCAGGGGACACAGCCCAAGGGCCAGCCCAGCGUGCCCCACGCCUCCCCACAGAACAAACCCAACUACAACGUGAGCUUCUCGGCCACGGGGGCGCAGGGCGAGCGCGGAAAAGGAGCCGCUAAUGCUGAUUCCAAGCCAAAAGUGUCUGCAGAUUUCGAAGAUUUAUUAUCUGGUCAAGGCUUUAAUGCUCACAAGGACAAGAAGGGUCCCAAAACAAUAGCUGAGAUGAGAAAAGAAGAAAUGGCAAAGGAGAUGGACCCUGAAAAACUAAAAGUCCUGGAGUGGAUUGAAGGCAAGGAGAGGAACAUCAGGGCUCUGCUGUCCACCAUGCACACGGUGCUGUGGGCAGGGGAGACCAAGUGGAAGCCUGUGAGUAUGGCAGACCUGGUGACCCCAGAGCAGGUGAAGAAGGUGUACAGGCGGGCUGUGCUCGUCGUUCACCCUGACAAGGCUACUGGGCAGCCAUAUGAACAAUAUGCAAAGAUGAUCUUUAUGGAGCUGAACGAUGCCUGGUCAGAAUUUGAAAACCAAGGACAAAAACCCUUGUAUUAGGUACUUUGUCAGCCUCCACUCCAGACCCGUGCUAGUGCUUAUUUAGUCUCUUGUCACAAAUGUCACAGAUCAACCAAACUCUGGCCGGAAAUUCACAAGUUUCAGAAAACUAAGAGCCUAAUACUUAUCAUGAAGAACACAAGAAAGGUUUCCUAACACUUGUCUCCAGAAUCCUGAGCUCAGAGGAACUCUGGCCACCUGGCUCGCCCCAUCAGAGCCACAGGGUUACAGUUUCUGGUAACUUUUCUAUUUCAUUUUGGGUUCCAGUGGGACGAGAGAGAACACAUGCUGGGAAAAGGUGGAACCGGUCUGUUUCCAACAAAGUGUAGCUGGUGAAUUUCCUAACCUUUUUUGUGAGGUGUGAUAUGGCAACGCUUCAGUUGAGUCCAACAACUGCUGGUGAGGCCCAAACUUGGAUGUAUGUUAUUUUUUUUCCUGGGUUUGGAUCGAAUUAUCCACUUGAAGUGCUCAGCUGUGGUUUAGGCACACUCCUAACAGUCACCAUUUGCUGCUUAAUUGCUCAUCUAGUGUAGUCUGGCUGAAGAGAGCCAAAGCUGAAUCCUGGGCUGGGUCAGUGUGGCAGCUGCUUUUGCAUUAAUGCUGUGCUUCACCUCCCAGCCCCACAGUGAAAUGUGCAGGCAGAGUUCCUCCAGAUGCUUUGGAAGGCGAGCAACGAGUCCUUGGGUCAGCAGCCCCUUGCUGGUUUGUUAAGCAGCAGUUUUGGGGGGAAGGGAGGGUGAAUCCACCUUGAAUCCUUCUCCAAGUGAGGAAUGAGCAUGUGCUGCAUUUCCCGUGGUUCUCAUCAGCUGCUCGAAACCAUCACAGAAAUGCCAACAACUCAAAAUUCUGCUGGAAAGGUUUAGAAACUUCCCAGUUUCUAGGUAGCACUUCCCCUCCUGCGGAUUCAGAACUUUUCCCAGCCCACUUGUAUCACCUUUAUGCCUUUAUCAGCUCCAGAGCGCUUGGCCAAGGCUCUCGGCAGGCUGAAACCUGUUGCAAGUUCAUUUUUCAAAUCAUGGUGUACGAGCUGUCACACAGACAUCCACAGACCAGGUCUGAUCUCUGGGGUCACUCCAGUGCAAAUUGAUUAGCUUAAAAGUUUAUAUUGGACCAAAGCAGUGACAUCACAAGGGAAUCUCUCUGUUGCUGAAGCUGAAGCAGCUUUCCUAGCUCAAAAGAGAGUUGAAAUUCAAACUUCUCCCCAAAUUCUGGCGUUCUUUUGUAGAGUAACUACAGCUAGCAGUUUAUUUACCAACACCUAUCCGUGUUUGAGGGAUACUCAGUAGAUGGGCAGGAAAUAAUCUGUAUUUACUGCCUCAGGAAAAGGUUGCCAUCGGAUGUGAGUCUUUAAGGCUGGUGGUUUCUCAAGACAAUCCACUACUUGUUGCACUUACAUUUUCAAGUGGCAAAGCUAUUACUGCAAAGACAGUGUGUCAAAGUACAUGGCUUUCUGUAUAAAACUCAUCCUUUUGUUGUACUGGUCCAUUAUUUACUGCCAUUAACUGAAAAUGUGAAACCAACACAUAGGUCUCCUUUUAUAUAAAAGACCUUAAGAUAAUAGUAACAAACUGGAUGUUAUUUAUUAAUGUUUUGAUCCAGUAUGUGCUUGUCUUAUUUAAAGAGAUAACUGGAAUGUGAAUCAUGUUCCUGUGAUUUGUUGGUUUAUUGUUUCUCAUUCACAUUUGUAGAUAUUGUGACCUAUGCCUAUAUAAUAAAAAGGAUCUCAUUACUAUAACGUACUUUUUUUAAUGAUGAAAACCUCAUUAGCUUUGUAUCGAGUUUGUCAUGGCACAUAACUCUGGAUACUCAUCCAUUCACAAAAUACAAAUCCACCAUUAAACUUUACCAAAAACAAAAAAUCCAACCCUCUACCCCACUUAAGCUUUGAUUACUUCCAUCCCUAAUGUUUUUAUGGAUGCAUGAAAGUAUUAGGACGUAUGUAUAUCCAAAUAGUUAACUGAAAAAAAAUCCAUUCUUGUCAUAUCUGGUAGUGACAGAGGUUAUCAAUGUUCAGGUUUUCUGUUUGACUAAAUUAUUGUAAUUUUUGUAAAUACAGUAUAUACUCGAUGAAAUUGUGACUGGUCUAAAACAUUUGUAUAUACAUUAAAAAGCUCAAAUUAACAAA